GACUGGAGAUCUAAAUUGCCUCAGGAUUAUAUGAAUCGCUCUCAGUUCAUUAAUAAUGGAACAUUCAGACUGGACAGAGUUAUAGAGGACGACUCUGGAGAUUACCAAUUGGAAAUACAUAAUUCAGAGGGAACAAUGAUGCUCAGAGUCAACAUGCUACUGGUGAUACAAGCCCCGGUGUCAGAGCCAGUGUUGUCUCACCUCUGUCUGCCUCAUGGAGAGACCGUGGUCACAUGCUCUUCAGAGGGAGAUGGUCUUCAGUACAGCUGGACCCUGAACGGCCAGAAUCUGAACAGGAGUGUAGCCUAUGACGUCUACCAGAACAGUGUCAUCACGUUGAAGAGUGAUGUGACAGGAACCCUGACCUGUACGGUUCAGAAUAAAGUUAGCACCAGCAACUCUACUAUUGAUCUCCCCUUGGCCUGCCCAGUUGUCUCUUCCCUGUUUCCUUUUGUAGCUGUGCCAGUGGCUCUGACUGUUGGAACUUUCACAUUACUUCUUGCACUGUUUGUCGGUAUUAACCAUCUAUGCAAGAAACGAAGAUCCAGAUUUGAUACUUCAGAAAACGGUUAUGAGGGUGUUGUAUACACUGUUGUGAAAAUAGGCAAGCAAAGAAAUCCAGCAAGGAAGCAGAGGCCCCCAGCCACAGAGAUGGUGGAGUAUGGACAGAUCAAAAUGGCUGUGAACCCGGAUGUGGCAGCCAGCCCAUAGACUCAAGGGUAGACAUUUUAUCCACAUGUUGCUUUAUAAAGCAGAUAUAAGACAAGGGUUGACUGAACAUUAUGUGGAUGCACUGAUUGAGUAGAUCAGACAGACCAUCGAACUUAAAGACUAGUGCCAAAUCAACACAACAAGAUGACAUCAUGCAUCGUGCAACGAAUGCAAGGAAGAUGCACUGCAUGUAGUUUUGAGUUUGUUAACAUAAAUAAUAAUCUAAUUUUGAAUUGUGAACAUUUCCUUCAAACUGAGCUGCAAUAUCAUACUGUAAAUGUAAUGCUUUCUUUCUUUUGAGGCAUCCAUGUUGUUGUACCAAUGUUUAUUUGUGUUCAAAUACUCAUUUACAAUUGUUAUAUAAUAUAUUGUU